AUGAGAAACAUCUUCAAGAGGAACCAGGAGCCCAUUGUGGCUCCGGCCACCACCACUGCCACAAUGCCCCUCGCACCAGUGGCACCUGCCGACAACUCUACAGAGAGCACGGGCACCGGGGAGAGCCAAGAAGACAUGUUUGCCAAGCUGAAGGAGAAAUUCUUCAACGAGAUCAACAAGAUCCCCUUGCCCCCCUGGGCCCUGAUCGCCAUGGCUGUGGUUGCUGGCCUCCUGCUACUCACCUGCUGCUUCUGCAUCUGUAAGAAGUGCUGCUGCAAGAAGAAGAAGAACAAGAAGGAGAAGGGCAAAGGCAUGAAGAACGCCAUGAACAUGAAGGACAUGAAAGGGGGCCAGGACGAUGACGAUGCAGAGACAGGCCUGACUGAAGGAGAAGGAGAAGGCGAGGAGGAGAAGGAGCCAGAGAACCUGGGCAAACUGCAGUUUUCUCUGGACUAUGAUUUCCAGGCCAACCAGCUCACCGUGGGUGUCCUGCAGGCUGCCGAACUCCCUGCCCUGGACAUGGGUGGCACGUCAGACCCUUAUGUCAAAGUCUUCCUCCUCCCAGACAAGAAGAAGAAAUAUGAGACCAAGGUGCACCGGAAGACACUGAACCCAGCCUUCAACGAGACUUUCACUUUCAAGGUUCCAUACCAGGAGUUGGGAGGCAAAACCCUGGUGAUGGCCAUCUAUGACUUUGACCGCUUCUCCAAGCAUGACAUUAUCGGGGAGGUGAAGGUGCCCAUGAACACGGUAGACCUUGGCCAACCCAUUGAGGAAUGGAGAGACCUACAAGGCGGAGAGAAGGAAGAGCCAGAGAAGCUGGGUGACAUCUGUACCUCCUUGCGCUAUGUGCCCACUGCUGGGAAGCUCACAGUCUGUAUCCUGGAGGCCAAGAACCUGAAGAAGAUGGAUGUAGGGGGCCUUUCAGACCCCUACGUGAAGAUUCACCUAAUGCAGAACGGCAAGAGACUCAAGAAGAAGAAGACGACGGUGAAGAAGAAGACCCUGAACCCCUACUUCAACGAGUCCUUCAGUUUCGAGAUCCCAUUUGAGCAGAUCCAGAAAGUCCAGGUGGUCGUCACCGUGCUAGACUACGACAAGCUGGGUAAGAAUGAAGCCAUCGGGAAGAUCUUCGUGGGCAGCAACGCCACAGGCACGGAGCUGCGGCACUGGUCUGACAUGCUGGCCAACCCUCGGAGGCCCAUCGCCCAGUGGCACUCUCUUAAGCCUGAGGAAGAAGUGGAUGCUCUUCUGGGCAAAAACAAGUAG